CGGGAGGCAAGCGCGGAGAGAGGGACAACUUUUCCACCCCGCCUUCUUGGUAGCAGAGAGCUGAAGUAAUGAGAAGGCACCAUGGAGGCCCAGUCCCACAGCUCCGCGACCACUGAGAAGAAGAAAGUCGAGAAUUCCAUAGUGAAAUGCUCCACUCGGACAGAUGUCAGCGAGAAAGCUGUUGCCUCCAGCACCACGUCCAAUGAGGAUGAAAGUCCUGGACAGACCUAUCACAGAGAGAGAAGAAACGCCAUCACCAUGCAACCACAGAGUGUCCAGGGACUCAGCAAGAUCAGCGAGGAGCCUUCAACAUCGAGUGACGAGAGGGCCUCGCUGAUCAAGAAGGAGAUCCAUGGAUCCCUGCCACACCUGGCAGAGCCCUCUGUCCCUUACCGUGGGACCGUAUUUGCCAUGGACCCCAGGAAUGGGUACAUGGAGCCUCACUAUCACCCUCCCCAUCUGUUUCCUGCCUUCCAUCCUCCUGUACCAAUUGAUGCGAGACAUCAUGAGGGCCGUUACCAUUAUGACCCAUCUCCUAUUCCUCCAUUGCAUAUGCCUUCCGCCUUAUCUAGCCCGACCUACCCGGACCUGCCCUUUAUUCGGAUCUCCCCGCACCGGAAUCCCGCUGCGGCGUCGGAGUCUCCCUUCAGCCCUCCGCACCCGUACAUCAACCCGUACAUGGACUACAUCCGCUCUCUGCACAGCAGCCCGUCCCUCUCCAUGAUCUCGGCAGCCCGGGGGCUGAGCCCCACCGACACACCGCACGCUGGAGUCAGCCCCGCGGAGUACUACCAUCAGAUGGCGCUGCUCACCGGUCAGCGCAGCCCCUAUGCAGACAUCCUUCCCUCCGCUGCCACCGCCGGCGCGGGCGCCAUCCACAUGGAGUAUCUUCAUGCCAUGGAUAGCACCAGAUUCUCCAGCCCCAGGCUGUCAGCCAGGCCGAGCCGAAAGCGCACGCUGUCCAUAUCACCACUGUCCGAUCAUAGCUUUGACCUUCAGACCAUGAUAAGGACGUCUCCCAACUCCUUAGUCACCAUUCUCAAUAAUUCCCGUAGCAGUUCCUCCGCUAGUGGCUCCUACGGCCACUUAUCUGCAAGUGCAAUCAGCCCUGCCUUGAGCUUCACCUACCCUUCCGCGCCUGUCUCUCUCCAUAUGCAUCAACAGAUCCUAAGCCGACAGCAAAGCUUAGGCUCGGCCUUUGGACAUAGCCCUCCACUCAUCCACCCUGCCCCAACUUUCCCAACACAGAGGCCUAUUCCAGGAAUCCCUACGGUUCUGAACCCCGUCCAGGUCAGCUCCGGCCCUUCCGAGUCCUCUCAGAACAAGCCCACAAGUGAGUCUGCAGUGAGCAGCACUGGUGACCCGAUGCACAACAAGCGAUCCAAGAUCAAACCUGAUGAAGAUCUCCCCAGCCCGGGGGCUCGGGGGCAGCAGGAGCAGCCAGAAGGAACCACCCUUGUCAAGGAGGAAGGGGACAAAGAUGAAAGCAAACAGGAGCCUGAAGUCAUCUAUGAGACCAACUGCCACUGGGAAGGCUGCACGCGGGAGUUCGACACCCAGGAGCAGCUGGUGCAUCAUAUAAAUAAUGACCAUAUUCACGGAGAGAAGAAGGAGUUUGUGUGCCGGUGGCUUGACUGCUCGCGAGAGCAGAAACCCUUCAAAGCCCAGUACAUGUUGGUAGUGCAUAUGAGAAGACACACGGGCGAGAAGCCCCACAAAUGCACUUUUGAAGGUUGCACAAAGGCCUACUCACGACUAGAAAACUUGAAAACGCACUUGAGAUCCCACACUGGAGAGAAACCGUACGUCUGUGAGCACGAAGGUUGCAACAAGGCUUUCUCGAACGCCUCUGACCGCGCCAAGCACCAAAACAGAACACAUUCCAAUGAGAAACCCUAUGUGUGUAAAAUCCCAGGCUGCACUAAGCGCUACACAGACCCAAGCUCCCUCCGGAAACACGUGAAGACGGUGCAUGGCCCAGAGGCUCAUGUCACUAAGAAGCAGCGUGGGGACAUACACCCUCGGCCCCCACCCCCACGAGAUUCCGGCAGCCAUUCACAGUCCAGGUCCCCCGGACGGCCGACCCAGGGAGCCCUCAGUGAACAGAAGGACCUCAGCAAUACUACCUCAAAGCGGGAAGAAUGCCUCCAGGUGAAAACGGUCAAGGCAGAGAAGCCCAUGACAUCUCAGCCAAGCCCUGGUGGUCAGUCUUCAUGCAGCAGCCAACAGUCCCCCAUCAGCAACUAUUCCAACAGUGGGCUCGAGCUUCCUCUGACCGAUGGAGGUAGUGUGGGCGACCUCAAUGCCAUCGAUGAAACCCCAAUCAUGGACUCGACCAUUUCCACGGCCACCACGGCCCUCGCUUUGCAAGCCAGGAGAAACCCGGCAGGGACCAAAUGGAUGGAGCAUGUGAAACUAGAACGGCUAAAGCAAGUGAAUGGCGCACUCCCACGGCUGAGCCCCAUUCUGCCCCCCAAGGCCCCUGCGGUCUCUCCUCUAAUAGGAAAUGGAGCACUGUCCAGUAAUAGCUGCAGCCUGGGUGGGCCCAUGACUCUCCUCCCCAGCAGGACCGACCUGUCCGGCGUGGACAUCACCAUGUUGAACAUGCUUAACCGCAGGGACAGCAACACCAGCACCAUCAGCUCUGCCUACCUGAGCAGCCGCCGCUCCUCAGGGAUCUCCCCGUGUUUCUCCAGCCGGAGGUCCAGCGAGGCCUCCCAGGCCGAAGGCCGGCCCCAGAACGUGAGCGUGGCCGAUUCCUAUGACCCCAUCUCCACCGACGCCUCGCGCAGGUCCAGCGAGGCCAGUCAGGGCGAGGGGCUCCCCAGCCUGCUGAGCCUCACUCCCGCCCAGCAGUACCGCCUGAAGGCCAAGUACGCCGCUGCCACGGGUGGGCCACCUCCCACCCCGCUGCCCAACAUGGAGAGGAUGAGCCUGAAGACCAGGAUGGCCCUGCUGGGGGACAGCAGGGAGCCCGGGAUGGCCCUGCCGCCCGUGCCCCCACCCCGGAGAUGCAGCGACGGGGGCGCACACAGCUACGGCCGACGCCUGCUGCCCCACGACACCCUGGGGACCGGCGUGAGAAGGGCCAGCGACCCUGUGAGGACCGGCCCAGACACCUUGCCCCUCCCCAGGGCUCAGCGUUUCAGUAGUCUGAACAGCUUCCACACUCCGGUUGCACCGCCAUCCAUGGAAAAGCGGAGCUUAGUGCUCCAGAACUACACACGGCCUGAGGGCAGCCAGCCUCGGCCCUUCCACACGUCCCCCUGUCCGCCCAGCAUCACGGAGAAUGUCACUCUGGAGUCCCUGACCAUGGACGCCGAUGCCAGCCUGAACGAUGAGGACUUCCUGCCGGACGACGUGGUACAGUAUUUAAAUUCCCAGAACCAGGCAGGGUUUGAGCAGCACUUCCAAAACGCCGUCGCUGAGGACAGCAAAGCACCCCAUGGGCCCAGCGACUUCGACCCGCCUGGGCUUUCGGACACCCAGGUCAGCCAGCGGUACCGAGCUCUGGGGCAGCCCUGCGCCCAAGGCAGCAAAAGCGACCUGCCCAUCCAGUGGAACGAAGUGAGCUCAGGCAGCGCAGACCUGUCCUCCUCCAAGCUGAAAUGCGGUCCCCGGCCCCCAGUGCAGCAGGCCCGAGCCCUCGGGCUGUACAGCAAUGUGCUCGGUCACCCACAGAAUCCGUCACGGACUGUGGCUGGCCUGGCUGGGGGCUAUCAGACACUCGGGGAGAACGGCAGCUCCUACAGUGGCCCAGAGCACUUGGCGAUCCACAGUGGCGGUGGAAACACAUACCAUGAACAGCCCUACAAGGCCCAGCAACACGGGAACUGUCUCAACAGGCAACCAGUGGCCCCCGGGGUGCUAGACGGUGCCUUUGGUGCUGGGCUUCAAGGGCCGAAGCUGAAAGGCACCACCGUGCAAGGGAGUGGGGGCCUGCUGGAUUUUGGCCUGUCCAUGGUGUCAGGUGAGUCAGCAGUGAAUGGCAUGCCGACCCAAGACCCAGUGGGACAGGGGUACCUCACUCACCAGCCUCUCAGUGACAGCACGCAGCACCAGGGGCCAGGCCGCCCCGGUCAGCAGAUGCUAGGGCAGGUUGGUGCUACCUCACACAUCAGCGUCUAUCAAGGGCCAGAGGUCUGCCUUUCAGGGCCUCACGGCAUCGGCACCCAGCCGUGUGUCAGUCUCGGGGGCGGCAGGCGCCAGGCUUUGCCAAGAGGGAGCCUCGCUGUGCAGCAAGGACAGCUCGGUGACACGAGUCAGACCUGCAGGGUGAACGGCAUCAAAAUGGAGGUGCAAGGACAGCCUCAUCAGCUCUGUUCUAAUGUGCAGAAUUUCUCUGGUCAGUUCUAUGACCAAACUGUGGGCUUCGGUCAGCAAGACACGAAAGCUGGUUCUUUCUCCUCGUCGGCAGCCAGCUGCCUGCUGCAGGGGGUGGGCACUGAAAACUCGGAGUUACUUUCCCCAGGUGCUAACCAGGUGACCAGCACAGUUGACAGCCUCGACAGCCAUGACCUGGAUGGGGUGCAGAUCGAUUUUGACGCCAUCAUAGACGACGGGGACCACGCCAGCCUAAUUUCAGGGGCCCUGAGCCCAAGCAUCAUCCAGAACCUUUCCCAUAGCUCCUCCCGCCUCACCACGCCGCGGGCGUCUCUCCCAUUCCCUGGGCUCUCUGUGAGCACCACCAACAUGGCUAUCGGGGACAUGAGUUCUUUGCUGACGUCCCUUGCGGAAGAGAGCAAAUUCCUUGCAGUUAUGCAGUAGGCGUUAGGAUGAGAGGACUACAGACAGACGGAAAACUGUAGGCAUUGGAAAGAUUCAGCCGACUCUGGGCUGAUUUUUUUUUUUUUUUUUAAGUUCUGUAUGUAUUUUAGCAAUCUCAUCUCACCUAACUGGGAUGUGUUUCAAGUAUAUUCCUUUUAUGGAAAAGGACUCUGAGAAACCCUAAAGUAUUCUAGGGAGAAACUGUCUUCCGUUUCAGCUUUGAAUCAGUAUUGUGACACACGAACCACCCUCUUUUUUUUUUUUUUU